AGUGUAUUAGAAAUAUUUAUUUAUUUUGAAUAUUUACAAAUAAAAUAAUUUAACAUGUUUUCAUCACAAAUUUGUAGAUGCGUGAACUUCGUUUCAAGAUUUAAUAUUAAAAAUAGAUUUGUUGUACAACGCGCUCACAUCGCAAGAUUAUCAUUUUCUGCUCAUGAUGUUCAAAAUAAGAAAUUAAAACAAUUCAAUGGAAAUUACAAGAGGCGUCAUCAAAGUACAAGUGCUAAAAGUAAAGAAAUUAUACUCACAUCACCAUUUGGAUCUGUUGAUAUUCCAGACAUUCCCGUACACGAAUAUAUAUUUAAAGAUGUUGAACAGUGGGCAGAUAAACCGGCAAUGACAUGCGGCUCUUCUGAACGUACCUACAGCUAUGGAAUUUUUACAAUGUUAAUUGAUCGUUGUGCCAAAGCAUUUUUAUCAACAUGUAAAUUAAAACCAGGAGAUACAAUUGCUCUCCUUUUACCAAACAUUCCCGAGUAUGGAAUUUGUGUAUUUGGUGCAUUAAAAGCUGGUUUAAUUGUUACAUUUGUUAAUCCACUUUAUACGCCAGAUGAAAUUAGACGCCAAUUUGAGAAUGCAGAUACAAAAGCGAUUGUUACAAUUAGUUUAUUAUUGGAUGUGGCAAAAAUUGUUGGUCCUAUGUUAAAAGAUUACAAAGGUACAAUUCAUAUUGGAGGAGAAGAUGAACCUGAUAAAAAUAUUUUUGGAUUGGAAAGUUUACUUACACAAGAGUAUGAUGAUGUUACUUUACCACAAGUAAAACCAGAAGAUAUUGCAAUUCUUCCAUACUCAAGUGGUACUACUGGUCUUCCAAAAGGUGUCGAAUUAACUCAUAGGAAUUUAGUAGCAAAUUUGGUACAGAAUCAUAAAAAACAAUUAGAAUCUCAUGUACCAACAAGUGAUACUAAUCAAGACAUUGGUCUAACUGUAUUACCCUUCUUUCAUAUCUAUGGAUUUAACGCAAUAUUAAAUUUAUCUCUGCUAGCGGGCACCCAUAUUAUAACUUUACCAAGAUUUGUACCCGAAGAUUAUUUGAAAGCAUUAGUUGAAUUUAAACCGACAAUGUUAUAUCUUGUACCUAGUUUAGUAUUAUUUUUAGCGACACAUCCGGCCGUUAAAAAGGAACAUCUUCAAAGUGUACGAACAAUUAUAUCAGGAGGUGCAUUAGCUUCACGAAGUAUUAUCGAAAAAUUCAAUCAAAAAGCUCAGAAAGAGAUUGAUUUUAGACAAGGAUAUGGUAUGACAGAAGCGAGUCCAGUAGUUUUAUUUAUACCCGUGAACAGUCCAAAAUCAAAAUUAGGUUCAAUUGGACAAGUUUAUAGCGGAACAGAAGUAAAAGUAGUUGAUCUUGUUACGGGUGAAACGCUAGGACCAGACAAAGCUGGGGAACUUUUGAUUCGGGGACCACAAGUAAUGAAAGGUUAUUGGAAAAAUGAAAAGGCAACUAAAGAAACUAUCGAUAGCGACGGAUGGCUGCAUUCGGGUGACGUAGUUUAUUAUGAUGAAGAAGGAUACUUCUUUAUUGUGGAUAGGACAAAAGAAUUGAUUAAAGUAAAAGGAAAUCAAGUGUCACCAUCUGAAUUAGAAGCACUUAUGUUAGAAUUACCAGGAGUAGCCGAUGUAGCUGUCGUAGGUAUCCCUGAUGAACUUGCCGGUGAACUUCCACGCGCAUUUGUUGUUCGACGACCUGGUGUGAAUCCUCCCUUAACUGAAAAAGAUAUUAUAGAUUAUGUGCAUCCAAAGGUCGUAAAUUAUAAAAGGAUAAAAGGAGGCAUACAUUUUAUUGAUGCAAUUCCAAGAAAUGCAGCUGGAAAAAUCAUAAGAAAUGAAUUGAAGAUUCUUGGAACUAAGUAAAUUAUUAUUAUUUGAAUUAAGUAAAUCCAAAUUCAUCAAAGCAGAUUUUGAAAAAGUUAUUGUAAAAUCUAGUCUGAAAUUUUUGAACGAAUAUUGAUCGAUUUUAAACGUUGGGUAACCCAAUCGUUUUAUACUUCCCUAGAACAUUAUUAUUAUGUUUAAUUAGACCUUAUUAUUAUGUUCCAAGUUGGACAUUUUAAAAGUAUAACUUUUGUCACUUAUUAUCCUAAAAAUUGUUUA